GAAUUACCGUGUCUCAGGCCGACUGUAAAAUGAGCAUGGCUUAGGUUGUUUAUGAGAGCCAAUAAUGAUGUGCUUCUAUUAACAUGGAGUGUACUAUCAAAAGAAGACCCCGAUAGUUUAGAAGACCACAAAGACAGAAAGUGGCCGUUUGAGAAAGUACCAGAUGUCGAGACUGCGUCGCUUAUUUCAAAUUUCUAGGUGUCAUCUUGGUAAUCAGUAGCAGGCGAAUUCUGAAUGGUAUAAGAAGACGGAAUAAUGAGGUUCCAAGUCUCAACAGAGCUGAAGGUUUCGUUUCUCCGAUUGGAUGUUACCCUGAAUUGAGGCUUAAUCAGAUGAUAAAAUCUUCCAGCGAAGUCCAUUAAACGACAGUGCUUCGGAUAAACGGGGAUGUUUCUUGUUCUAUUCUCGUAUUGGACAUAAAUCUUCGAACGACUUGCAUAACUGUCUUUACUUCUACCAAAAGCCGUGUGUCGUUUAGUGAUUGUUGGUGAACCACUUAAUUAUGGUGUACAAACCCCGGACACCAAUAAAACUGUAAUUACCAUUAUGUUUGUUAAUAAGGACCAGGGACCAUAGCACCCUCUGACAAAAUAUCGAGAAAGGCGUUCUCCGGCGAUAAUUUUUUUUUAUCACAACGAAACAAUUCUGAGGAAAUUUAGCGAUAAUAUUUGGUGUUUUAUCUAGUCUAUUUAUCACAGAUUCAAUUUUUAUGAAUUUAUAGUCGUGAAAGAAAUUUUCCAGAAACUGACUAAUUGAUUCGCAUCCUGAAGAGUUUAUCUCGUGAACUAAUAAAAACCCAAAUUAAGGGCUAGACGUUGUAAUAAGUGUUAUUGGACAGGAGGAUUCUACAUCAUUCAUGAAUGAUUAUCUCAACCAGAUUCAAACGAGAAAAAGUUUCUCAAGAGGACCACAUCCAUUUAGCAAUCAAAAACAUAUACCAUACUUUUUUCAUUGAUAAACGAGGGGAAAAAACUAAUUUGCAAAAAAGGAUCAACACAUUAAACCGCUGAAUGUGAUUAGUAGCGUGUGCCUUCAGAAGAAAACGGGAUGAGACAAUACUAUGAAAGGAUUGAGGCAUUUGAACGUACCAACAUGUCAUGAAAUUUUACUCGGAGUACUUUUCAUCCUAUUCUUCGUGGACCAAACUAAGACCCAAUUAAUAGGCAAUAUCAGAAGAUGCGAAAAGGAAGGUGAAGAAAUAUUCAUCCCAAAUAUAUCAGACAAUCCCUGUAUAUAUUGCUUUUGCAAGAAUAAAGAAGUCACUUGUCGACGAACACAAUGUCCUAGCUUAGAUGGAUGCCAUAUGAUUCUGUACGAGAACAUACAAGACAACAGGAAGUGUUGCGAGAUGUGUAAAGGUUGUACAUACCAGAACAAAGAGUAUGCCAGCGGAGACCAAUGGAGUAGUCCCGAGGACCCGUGUGUUCAGUUGUCCUGCAGGGCAGGGGUAAUCACAAAAGCCAAAACGAAAUGCUACUCAAAUUGCAAGAACCCUAUCCAAGUGCCCGGAAAAUGCUGUCCUAUUUGCCAAGGUUGUGAAAACAGCGGCAGAACCUAUCAGAAUGGAGAGGAAUAUUCCCUCAGCACAGAUGCAUGCACAAAAUGUACAUGUCAGAAUGGAAAUGUAUCCUGUGUAAAAGAAGUAUGCCCGGUGUUAAAUUGCCCUGAAUCUACAAUUAUACAUAAAGAAAAUGAAUGCUGUCCUUCUUGUGAAGGCCAGCGUAAAAUUUUUAAUUUGCCAAAUGGAUUUUGUUUCUUUCAAAAGAAAAUCUACAAAACCAAUGACAUUUUUCGACCUGAAGACUGUACAGAAUGCAAAUGUUUGUCAGGGACCAUUGUCUGUGACCGAGAAACCUGUCCACCUAUCACGUGUAGCUAUAAUAUGACAGUCAAAAGUGAAGACUCUUGUUGUCGCGUGUGUCCACAGAAGGAUGAGUGUAUCUACGAGGGCACAACUUACCAGGACUCUGAAGUGUGGCAACCUAACCUGUGUACCAGGUGUUCCUGUGACGACGGAACGACCCGGUGUAGGGUCCAACAAUGCAAAGUAUCCAGCUGGUGUCCGGCGGGAUAUGUACUGAAAUAUAUUGACGGUGAAUGCUGUCCCCGGUGUGUUGAAGCUAGUGGAAUAUGUACAGUUUUUGGAGAUCCUCAUUAUAGGACUUUUGACGGCAGGAUUUACAAUUUUCAGGGAGCUUGUAAAUAUUUAUUAGCAGAGGACGAAGUGAGCAAAAAGUUUUCAGUAACUGUACGCAAUGACGCGCGUUCGUCGCCAUGGUUCACAUGGACACGUAUGUUAACAAUAUUCAUAGGAAAAACCAAAAUAGGACUUCAUCAGAAACUCACAGUUAAGGUUAACAGAAAGAGAAUAAAAUUGCCUUACAAGAGUAAGAAUCCUACUUUCUCCGUUCAUCGAGAAGGGAAUUCAGUGAUAUUUAAAGCAGAAUUUGGACUGCAAGUCGUCUGGGAUGGCGACAGCUAUGUGGAGCUGACUGUCUCUAGUCAGUACAAACGUCGGAUGGCAGGUCUCUGUGGUAACUAUAACGGGUUUGGUUCCGACGACCUCCAGGGCAGGGACCACAAACUCUACACCGACAGUGAGGAAUUCGGCAACACCUGGCGAGUGGGCAGCAAGGCCGCUUGUGUUCUUAGUCACAACGAGUCGGAACACUCUUCCCUUUGUGAUGGAGACAAGAGGAGAAGAAAACGGGCGAUUGCUGCUUGUAGUUUUCUUCUUGGGAGUGUGUUUUCUAAAUGUCGUCGACGGGUAGACGUGAGGACAUAUUACAGUUCUUGUAUAUCGGAUAUGUGCGACUGUCCUAGAAACAAAAUGUGCGCCUGUGAAUCUUUUAAGGCCUACGCACAAGCUUGCUCUCGGGAGAACGUCAGCAUCCGGUGGGAGAAGCACAUCCUCUGUCCAAGUCAGUGUCCAAGAGGAGCUAUCUACAGACGCUGCACCAGGCGUUGUUCCAAGACGUGCGACGAACCCAAGAAGACGGGCUAUUGUCGAGACAAGUGUCAGCCAGCAUGUAUCUGUCCGGGAAAGCGGGUCCUUCACAACGGGAAAUGUAUCGCGCCACACACGUGCCCGGGCGCGCCUAGUCCGUCCCUGUGAUGUUUCAAUACUUAUUAUUUAUUUGCCAGUAUACAUAUUUUUCAUGUUUUCUUUUUAUCUGCGAGAUUAAACAAUUUUUAUUUUUUA